AUGGUUAUUAAUAUAGCAGAUCUCGAAGAACAAGCUAUCAAUUUAUUUUCUCGAUUGGGAUUUUCAAGAGAAAUUUCUAGUCUUAUAUGGAUUCUAAUCGACAUAAUUAUCCUUCUAUUGGGAAUUACAAUAGGAUUAUUAGUUAUUGUAUGGCUCGAAAGAAAAAUAUCUGCGGGAAUACAACAACGCAUUGGACCUGAAUACGCCGGUCCUUUGGGAAUUAUUCAAGCCUUGACGGAUGGAAUAAAACUACUGCUAAAAGAGGAUAUUAUUCCAUCUAGGGGGGAUAUUUGGUUAUUUAGUAUUGGACCAGCGGUAGUGGUCAUACCUAUUUUUUUAGGCUAUUUAGUAAUUCCCUUUGGUCGCCACAUUAUUUUAAUGGAUCUUAGUAUAGGCGUUUUUUUUUGGAUUGCAAUUUCAAGUAUUGCUCCCCUUGGACUGCUUAUAGCAGGAUAUGGAUCAAAUAAUAAAUAUUCUUUUUCAGGUGGUCUCCGAGCUGCUGCUCAAGCUAUUAGUUACGAAAUUCCUUUAGCUUUAUGUGUGUUAUCUAUAUCUCUAUUAUCCAAUAGUUCAAGUACAAUUGAUAUAGUUGAAGCACAAUGCAGAUAUGGUUUUUUAGGAUGGAAUUUGUGGCGCCAACCUAUAGGGUUUCUAGCUUUUUUCAUCUCAUCUCUGGCAGAAUGUGAGAGAUUGCCCUUUGAUUUACCAGAAGCGGAAGAAGAAUUGGUAGCGGGUUAUCAAACUGAAUAUUCGGGUAUCAAAUUUGGUUUAUUUUACGUUGCUUCUUACCUAAAUCUAUUAGCUUCUUCAUUCUUUGUAACAGUUCUUUACUUGGGCGGAUGGAACUUAUCAAUUCCAUUCAUACCCAUUCUGGAACAUUUUGAAUGGGAUUCUAUUUCUGGAAUUAACGGGGUCGUUAAUAUAACAAUCGGGAUCCUAAUUAUAUUAGCUAAAGCCUAUCUGUUCUUAUUUAUUUCUAUUACGGCAAGAUGGACCUUGCCUAGGAUAAGAAUGGACCAAUUAUUGGAUCUUGGGUGGAAAUUUCUUUUACCUAUUGCUUUGGGUAAUCUGUUACUAACAGCUUCUUUCCAACUUAUUUUAUUGUGA